AUGAUGGGUGAAGCAAUCGAGUUCGAAAGUGGCCAUCAUCAAGUCAAUACUGCCGCAGGUGUUUUGGAUACAAGUACGAAAAAUGGCAUUACAUGUGUUUGGAGCGGUACGGUUGGCAAUUCCUGUAAAAUUAAUUUCACAUGGGAGUUCAAUUGGGAUACGCUCAAAAGCCAGGGAGUUAAUAAGAUCACUGGAUACAUUUAUGUCUCGUCAUUUUACAAUUGGUUCACUGCAACGAAGAUCGAUGUGACUCUGACCGAAAAUAAUCAUGAAAUCACAAAGCAAGUUCAAGGUCAAAAAUAUGGUGACGAUGUCAGCUUCGAGUGCUCUCUCACUCCUCACUACGAAAUCCCAUCAUACGAUGACAUGUUUCUACCGUCCGAUCAAAAUGAUACAAUUCUGGUUGUCGACGGGAAGAAGCUUCAUGUUAGCAAAGCGGUCAGUUCAUUUUAUCGUAAAAUCAUACUUGCAAAUCGGGCCGGCCCGUAA